GGCUGGAGAGGAGGCGCACAGGGAACGCCGGCAGAGCGUGCUGCCGGGCGGGCGCAGAGCCCAGGGGCCGCCCAGUAGCUGGGAAGCCACGCAGCGCGCACGGGAGGCCGCGGUUACAACAGCGGGGCUUCCCCAGGCUUCCCCUCCCGGGUCGCAGGUGCCAGGCUGGAGCCCAGAAUACAGAAACUGCACUGGGCGCAAAGGAGAAGGGAGUCCCGGAGGCGCCCCCGAUCGGCGGGAUCGCGAGUGGGACCUGGAGCGGCCGGUGUGGUGUCUGGGUAUCCGGGAGCCCAGAGCGGGAGAUUGGGGCUGAACCCUCCCCGCUACCCCCACCCCGCGCCCGCCUCCCGCCCCCGCCCGCGGCCUGCAGCGCGCCUCCCUCACCGCCCAGGCUCUGGCGAGCCGCUCGGGCCGAGCCGUGGGAGCCACGGACAGCGCCAGCUGCUGCUGCGGGAGCUACUCCGGCUGCACCAUGCGGGAGCUGGCCAUCGAGAUCGGGGUGCGAGCCCUGCUCUUUGGGGUCUUCGUUUUCACAGAGUUUUUGGAUCCAUUCCAGAGAGUCAUCCAGCCAGAAGAGAUCUGGCUCUACAAAAAUCCUUUGGUGCAGUCAGACAACAUACCUACCCGCCUCAUGUUUGCAAUUUCUUUCCUCACGCCCUUGGCUGUCAUUUGUGUGGUGAAAAUUAUCCGGCGGACAGACAAGACUGAAAUUAAGGAAGCCUUCUUGGCGGUGUCCUUGGCUCUUGCUUUGAAUGGAGUCUGCACAAACACUAUUAAAUUAAUAGUGGGAAGACCUCGCCCCGAUUUCUUUUACCGCUGCUUUCCAGAUGGGGUGAUGAAUUCAGAGAUGCACUGUACAGGGGACCCUGACCUGGUAUCCGAGGGCCGCAAAAGCUUCCCCAGCAUCCAUUCCUCAUUUGCCUUCUCCGGCCUCGGUUUCACCACAUUCUACCUGGCGGGCAAGCUGCACUGCUUCACGGAGAGUGGGCGGGGCAAGAGCUGGCGGCUCUGUGCUGCCAUCUUGCCCUUGUACUGCGCCAUGAUGAUCGCCCUGUCGCGUAUGUGUGACUACAAGCACCACUGGCAAGAUUCUUUCGUUGGAGGAGUGAUUGGCCUCAUUUUUGCCUAUAUUUGCUACAGACAGCAUUACCCUCCUCUGGCCAACACGGCGUGCCACAAACCAUACGUCAGUCUCCGAGUGCCCACUUCACUGAAGAAGGAGGAGAGGCCUACGGCCGACAGCGCACCCAGCUUGCCUCUGGAGGGGAUCACCGAGGGCCCCGUAUGACGGGUGUCUGGGGAAGAUGGACGCUGAGCCCCUGGUUCAUUCUUCCACCCUGAUGUCAUUACACAGUGGAAAGGAUUUUCUGUAAUGUGAUUCUCAUCAGUUACUCUGAAGUCCUCCCCCCCCAGCUUCCGUUCUGUGGAUGGUGUUCCCGCCACUCUCCAUGUCUCCCUUCAACAUUUUCAACUUGUAAGGUUGGGACACCAGCAGCAGUGUCUGAGAGACCCAAGUACCAGGAAGGAGGAUGGGAGGGUUUGGUGGGCAUGCGUGCUCCACCGGCGAUUCCUUUCCCUGAGGGUCUGCGGCAGCACCCACCCUCCUCUGUGUUCAUGUUGUGAAAUAGAAUAAAGUCUCCCACCCAGAA